AUGCCCAGUCGGCGGGAUCAAGUACGGAAGUCCGAUUCACGUAAAAGUGGAAAAAGUGACCAGGAUCAAUCGGAUCCGGAAGAACAGCCUCAAAAAUCUCAGAGAGGCUCGGUAAAACAAAAGAACCAGCAGCAACGAAGUAAUGAUAAGGGAAAAGCAGAUGACCAAGAGGAUGACCCAUGUGGAAAACAGCAGCAGAAACAACAACAAGGGUCCAGUCAGCAACAUGAAGGGUCCGUUCAGCAAGAAGAAACCGCAAAUGAGCUGGAUAAUUGUGCCAAAUGCGGACAGGAGACCAGCGCUGGUCAAGUUAUAACCUUGAAUGGUCGUAAGUGGCAUCCGGAAUGCUUCACCUGUGGUGGGUGUUGCGUGGUACUCGCAAAGGUGUCCUUCUUUCUUGAUGGUGAAAAAAUCUACUGUCAAAGUUGCUGGGCGAGGAAUGUCAAGAGCAAUUGUUCGCGAUGCGAUGGUGAAAUCACACCAGACUCCACGGUUGUCAACUUCGGCGUCCGACGCUUCCAUAAGGCCUGCUUUAUCUGUUCGAGGUGCCGGUGCGACUUGGCCGGACUGCAAUUCUGUAUUAAGGGAAACCAAUUCACCUGCCAGCAAUGCAUGUAA